AUGGAACAAGGUGUAGAAAAAUUGUUGAACCAGAUAAACGAUCUGGAAUCAAAGAACCGCUUAAUUCACAUGCAAAUAGAAGAGAUGAAAACUACUGAAAAGGAGUUGCAGAAAAGCGAAAAGGAGCUAAUAUCAGACAUAGAAAGCAUCUGCAAGCAGCUGAAAAACAUGGAAAAGGAAGAAAUCGAAUUGCAUAAUGACAUAUCCCGUGUUAAUUUAAUAUGUAAAAAUGUGGAAGGAACACUACAUAACGAAUUUGUGAAGGUUGAAAUAGCAGCUCAGAAAAUCAAUCAAGUUGAACAUCAUGAAGAAAAUGAUAAAAAUAUGAAUACCAAUUUAAGUAAAUGUUGCGAUAAGAUAAAAAACUGCCUAAACAAAAUAAAUCAUUCCACUGAUGACUUAACUAUGCUAAAGGAUAUAAAAAAGAAAAAUUAUCUUUUAAACAACAUUUUGAUAGAAGAUUUAUAUGAAAUAUGUGAGGACACCAAAGAACAAUACCAAGAAAACUCCUUCAAAAAUCAGUGCCACAAAAUUGCUAUAGUUGAUUAUAAGACACAUUCCUACUUUUGUAACCCCACCCACUUAAUACACAUGUUUGCGAACAUUGCUAGCUUUUACGGAUUGAACGAAGAAGACAAGAAAGAGCAAAUAGAAAACUUUGGAUUGUCUGAAUUAAAUAAAAUAAUGAUAAACCAUUAUAAGUCGAAAAAAAUUAACGUUAAUAGUGUUGUAUAA